CUCUCAAUGGCUUUGCUCUGGUGGUGAGUGCAGAAGGAAUGAUCUUUUAUGCAUCGGCAACAAUUGUGGACUAUCUGGGCUUCCAUCAGACUGAUGUAAUGCACCAAAACAUUUAUGACUACAUCCAUGUGGAUGACCGACAGGACUUCUGCAGACAGCUGCACUGGGCCAUGGACCCUCCACAGGUGGUGUUUGGACAGUCCCCACAUGCCGACACAGACAGUACCAUCCUCGGGAAGUUGCUCAGGGCCCAGGAACGGGGCAAGGGCUUGCCGUCAGAGUACUCAGCCUUCUUGACACGUUGUUUCAUCUGUCGUGUUCGCUGCUUGCUGGACAGCACCUCUGGCUUUCUGACUAUGCAGUUCCAAGGAAAAUUAAAAUUCCUGUUUGGACAGAAGAAGAAGGCACCAUCAGGAACAGCCCUUCCCCCUCGACUCUCGUUGUUUUGCAUUGUGGUACCAGUCCUGCCUUCCAUGGCUGAGAUGAAAAUGAAAAGUGCAUUCUUGAGGGCGAAGCACAGGACAGACUUUGUAGUUACAGUGGACUCAAGGGCAAAAGCUGUUACAAGUCUGUGUGAAUCAGAAUUGCAUCCCAAACACAAUUACUUAGCAGGAAGGAGUAAUGGAGAAAAUGGCAUUUCACUAUUCAGGGGACAAACAGAUAGGAGCCACUGGGCCCGGGCUUUAGCCAGGCCUUCAUGUCUGUGCCUCAGGGGUGGUCCUGAUCUCCUCCCAGACCCCAAGGGGGCUUCAGGGGACAGAGAAGAAGAGAACCAGAAGCAUGCACCAAGAAGGUCCACUGGUGUCCGGGGGCAGAGGGAGAUGCACAAGUACAAUUAUGGCUUGGAAACACCAGUACACUUGAGGCACCUGAACUGGAACACAGAACAGAGAAGUCAGGAGGUCACUACCAAGCUGACUCGGCAGCCUAGUAAGAAUGAGCCAUCCACAUGUCCAGUGCCCCAUGGUUCCUGUUUGCCUUACCCUGGAAGUCAGGGCAUGUUCAGUGCCAGCAAUGUGGCUUCUUUCAAAAAUUCACCAGACCAUCCUACUGGUGCCUACUGCAGCCAAAUGAACAGACCCUUGCAAGAUAUCCACCAGGGCCAGGUACAUCCUUCCACCUGUCAUAUCCCCCAGGGAAGCCUGGGAUCCAGGAUCCCUCUGCCUGGAAUGCAGCGCUUCACAGCCAGGGGCUUUUCUACAGAGGAUGCAAAGUUGCCCAGUCUGCCAGUGACCAUAGACACUCCAUAUAAUCCAGUAUUGUCACUGGAAGUACCGAUCAAGAUGGAAAAUGAAUCUGGGUCCCAGGAUAUAGUUGAUGCCAGCACAACUAGCCGGGUGUGGCUGGGAGCUAGCGACAUGGCCAGGAGACAUCUGGUCAGUUUCCCUGCCAGGAUGCACCUAAAAACAGAGCCUGACUAUAGGCAGCAGGUCUGUACCCCACACCUUGGUCAUGGUAUGCUGGAAACUAAUCCCCACAGCAGAGAUACUUUUGGAUCCUGCAGGGAGCAGGCUCCUUUCCUUCCUGCACAUUGCACAUGCCUGGAUCCAGAGCCUCCUCACCACCUCUUCAUGCGGGGCCACAGUGAAAGCCAGCACCCCUCUUUGGGCCAAGACUGCAGAGCUCCUAUUGUUAAGCGUGAGCCCCUGGACUCACAAUCAUUGGCUGCUCCUGGCCAAGUGGCUAUGCCCAGGAUAUUUCCUAAGAGUGCCUCUAUAACUGUGAUCCCACCCAAAUGCUCUGAUGGGAUUUUCCUACCCUAGAGCUGCUGCUCUGGUGGAAAUCUCAGUCAAUGGAUGAUACAAUAUGAUCAGAGAUUCUUCUAGUGAUGCUCUUUACAGAACUCAACGAGUGAGGCUGAUUCCCUAUGUGUAGUUGAGAAGUAAAGCACCUGAAUCAUAUAGAGCAUUAGAGGAUUCUCAUGCAUAAACCUGUCUGUUCAAGUGGAAAGCAUUUCUCUUUGAGAAAUUAAAGUGUUUAAGAAAGUAGCCAAUAGUAUUUUAUGCUGGGCAACCCCUAACUGAUGUGUCAAAGUGAUGUGCCCCUGGUGCCCAAUCUUGCUACAUCUCCUGCCUGUAUGUAGCAGAAGUUCUGAGGCUCUGAGUCAAAUCUGAAGCCACAUUUUGCAUAGUGGUGGUCGGGGAAACAUCCCAUCCCAUUUGGUGUUUUCUGUGGAUUUCUGAGUAUGGUUUAUGUACCUGUGUCCCUGCGCAUAUCACAUGGUAGAGGUCAUAGUGUCCAGGCCAGGAACCAGAGAAGCACAACAUACAGAAAAGGGUGAGCCACACUGAUGAGGAGGCAUUGUCCCUGACUGUUGUCUAUAGGGCUUUCAAGUAAGGGCAACAGUUCCUAGCCCAGGGAGACUUAGGGAAAAGGAAGGUAGCUAGUAUUUGUUUUGAAUUGUAAAGGCAAUGCACUCUGAUUGUAGGAAAUGUGGAUAUCAAAUAAAAAACAGAAAGGAUGGGUUGCCACAAACCAUUGGCAAUUGACUUAUGGCUGAUGGUGAAGGUGAGUGUUCUAGGAAAGGGCUCAGACCAGAAGUCCUGCUCUAUUAGCACAGGGUCCACUGAACAGGAAAAAAAAAACCUGCUGUGCUCUGCUCGCCUGUAUGGUACAGAUAGUCUUCCUCGGUGAUGAUCAUCCACCUCUGACGUUACUUCCCCUGAGGUCUUAGAAUGCUUGCUGGAGCUCAUGGCUAAUUCUACUAGGUAUUCUCUUCAAUACAGACUUCCUCUCCUUUACCUAUGGCUCCAGAAUACCAUUGCUCAGCUAUUGGCUUUGUGAAGAAGCUGUCUGGAAAAUGCCUAUCACCUUGUUAGAAGCAAGUUGGGUGGGCAGGACCAGGUCCUCUGCCCAGCUUUUGACCUGUCUGGCUCUCAAGAGGACUCACUGUGGGACAGGGAUAUGACUGAAGAUCUAGAACUGAGAAUACCCACUAUAGAGCCUAGGGACUUGUGUUCUCUUUGUCCCUCAGUCCACAGAGGCUUUUCAAAGGGCAAGACAGGACAUAUGAGGCAUGCUCAUACCUUCACUCCAGCUUCUCCAUUACCUGAAGCCUGAAGUCAGGAUGGUGUCCCAGCUCUGCACCCUGUGCCCAGCCACCUGUCUCCCUCCUUUACUUAAACUGUCUUAGUCCCACUUUACACAUUUCUGCCAAGCAUAGCUUACCCUGUGGUUAUUAAUGAAUAACAACAGGUAGAGUUUGAGUCUUCCUCAUCACUUCUUGUUCUAACCAAUGCCCAGUUCCCAAGGACAGGACAUGCUCAAACCACUCAAGUGUCUGAAAUUCUAGUAUUUCUCUCUGAACAUGAUUAGCUGUGUUCCUAUCCUCAUACAGACUCAGGAUCCAAUAUGCUUCUUAAACAAGGAGCAGAGAACACAGUAGACUGUUAUGCUCCAAUGUAUACAACAUUUCUCAAGCAUUUUGGAGCCAGUGGAAGAAACCUGGGAAAAGAGGCCAAGAAGAGGGAAUUCAGAGACAUAUUUAGGCAUGGUGAUGUAUAUUCCAGCACUCAAGAGGUCAGCAGUUUAAGCCUACACGAGAUCCCUCUCAAAUAAAAUAAAAUAAAAUGCAUUAUUACAUAUUUACUAAUUUUCGCUAAAUCCCCAUCCCCUUGCUACAUAACCAAAGAAGAGCUGUGCCCCCCUUCCCCCAAAGCCCAGUUGUCUCUGUUCACGUACUCUGAACUUUCAGAUGUACCUGCUGGACUGCUGCUGGGAUGAGUUACCAAAUGUGGAGUGUGGUCAGCUCAACUGGUACCUAGGCUUCCGUGCAGGUCAGGCUUUGUGGACACUGAGUUCUGCACUUGGAUGUCAGUUCUGCAGAUUUUGUGUGUUGGAGGGAUGCCACAUCACAUUGUAUCCAAGCUUGGAUACCUGGUGCCAACACUGUCCAAGGAAGCUCAAAUCUCCUACACUGCACCUUUGUUGCUCAUUCAUCACAAAUCCCCAGUCAACUUGCAUGGGAGGUGCACAGAGGUUACUCCUGCUUUAGGAUUUCACCAUCCACACUAACUAUAGGCUCACACUUUUGGUGAUAUUUAGCUUUUGCCCAUACGGCUAAAAAAUCAUAAUCAAAUAUAAUGAGAGAUGGGCUAAGAAGGAAUACAUACAAAGUGUCCUUUAUAUUUGCAGUUUCUACUAGAAGAAAGUCCUCAAGAUUUAGACUGGCCCAAUGAGCUUUAAACAGACAUACUACAGUGAAGCUUUCUGUGCUGUUUGCUCGGUGCUCUGUUUUA